GUGGCAUCUCAUCAUGGCAGGUUCACCUCUUGGCUGAGCCAUGCAAUAUAAGCGCCCGCUUGCAGCUUCAAGCAAGAAUUACCAAACAGACGUGGUUAACCACUGUCGGGUAGCUCGAGCAGCCAUGUCCAAGAGUGCAUCACCCGGGGACCUAAGCGAUGCUGGUUUUAGUCCUGGGGGCGUGUCCAAGGGCAGCGUGGCGGCAGGGAUGAUGUCUAACACUGCUAAGGCUGGGUCGGACAUGGGCGCUGUGCCUGACCUACAGUCAGCGGGGGCCAAAAGCAGUAACUUAUCGCAAUCCAGCACCACCCGUGGGGCACUGGAUACUUCGGGGUUCCAAUCUGGGGGCGUGGCGAAAGGAUCCGUGGGUGCCCAGAUAAUGAGCGACUCUGCUAAAUCUGGCCAAGGAGGGAGGUUGGUGUCCACCCUGCAGUCGGUUGGAGCUAAAAAGUAGAUAAGGGGAAAGAAGAACUGCAGCAACAUCUAGGUGAAGACUACAGCAGCACCAUCAAUGGCAAUUGAGGCUACAGCAUAACAUGCAGAGUGGACAUCACUGUAGGAAAGUAACAUCAGGAGAAACUUGUGCUCAGGAUGCAACAAUUAGAGAAACCCCGUUAAAUUUUAUGGAUUCGUGAUGUUGUUUCUGAAGUGUUAAAAUUAUUGUCUUUACUUUGUAUAAAGCAUUUAACGGGUAUUAAAGGAUUGUAAUUUGCUUGGAUUUGAAUGAAAUAAAGAAUUUGAAUUUGA